GCUUUAAUAAAGAGAAGUUAGUCACAGUUUCAUCUCAAUGUUUUCAUGCCAGAAUAAUAAUCCAAAGGAAUCAUGUUAACCUGUCGUUCCAAUGUCUACCAAUGCUUAACGUUUGACCUUUUGGAAAACUGGACAUUUCAGGAUGUAAGAAUCUUGACCUCAGCAAUGAAUGAAUACAUGAAACGCACCCUCCCUGACCUGUCAUAGAAGUCCUCUUACAAAACGGAGUUAAUCUAAAACCAACCUAUUUUGAUACAUCCUGUAUCUGCAAUUAUUACUGUCAUGACCUGACCCUUUAGUCUUCCGGAGAGCAGUCUAGUCAAUGAUAGUGGUGUGUGGUAUACCGGACGAUUCCGCACUGGCCCCCACCUCCACACCCGCUUCUCUAAAUGGCUGAGGUUGAGAUAUAAAAGACUGUUGUGGAGUAAGGACGAUGGCAUACAGUCUUGUGGUUCCACCUGCAUCACAUUUUCACACUUCCACAGUGAGUGUUUCCUAUACAUUUUAAACUACUGAGCAGUCAACCAGCAUAAUUUGAUAUGAAUAUUCUAUUUUUAAGAGUAUACUGUAUGUGUGAUAACCUAUUUUUUAUUGGUAUUUAUGUGCAGAGUGUCAAGAAAAUAUGAAAAUCAACCUUUUUUUGCAUUCUUCUUGUGGUAGCUGAGGAGCAUGGCCUCCAGUAUUCUAAGCCGCCAUCUUGCUUCCUCUCUGAGACCCAGCUGUGGGUUGUCUGCUUCAGGACACCGCCAUCAACAAACAACCGCUAAAAGAGUUGAGGAAGUUGAGUUUGAUGGUCCUUGUAUGAAGACGGAGGUUCCAGGUCCCAGAUCUAAGAUCCUAGCACAACAACUGGAGAGUAUUCAGAGUGUUGUCCAGGUGAACUUCUUCUGUGACUAUGAGGAGAGUAAAGGUAACUACCUGGUGGACGUGGAUGGGAACCGCAUGCUGGAUGUCUACACCCAGAUCGCAUCCAUACCCAUAGGAUACAAUCACCCGGCACUCACAAAAGUCAUGACGGAUCCGAAAAAUAUGGGAACGUUUGUCAACCGACCAGCUCUUGGGAUGAUGCCACCAGAGCAAUUCUCUGAGAAGCUUGUCAACGGCCUGAUGGCAGUGGCACCGAAGGGCUUCAGCCGGGUCCAGACCAUGGCCUGUGGAUCCUGCUCCAAUGAGAACGCCUACAAAGCCAUCUUCAUCUGGUACAGAAACAAGAUGAGAGGAACUCCGGAACCAACUCCAGAGGAAGUAAGAACUAGUGUCAUCAACCAGGUUCCUGGCUGCCCUGACCUGACUCUUCUGUCCUUCAUGGGCGGAUUUCACGGAAGAACUCUGGGCUGUCUGGCCACCACUCAUACCAAGGCCAUACAGAAGCUAGACGUGCCGUCUUUUGACUGGCCCAUCGCCCCCUUCCCCCAGCUGAGGUACCCCCUGGACCAGUUCGAGAGGGAGAACGCACGGGAGGAGGCACGCUGCCUGGAGGAGGCGGAGGACCUGAUAGUGAAGUGGAAUCAGAAGGGUCGGCACGUGGCGGGGGUGGUGAUCGAGCCAAUCCAGGCAGAGGGAGGGGAUAACCAUGCCUCCUUCGACUUCUACAGGAAGCUCAGGGGAAUCACCAAGAAGCAUGGCUGUGCCUUCCUAGUGGAUGAGGUGCAGACAGGGGGUGGGUCUACGGGGAAAUUCUGGGCCCAUGCGCACUGGGGAUUGGACGACCCCGCUGACAUCGUCUCCUUCAGCAAGAAGAUGCUGACAGGAGGAUACUACCAGAAAGAUAGCUUUCAGCCUGACAAGCCGUUCAGGAUCUUCAACACGUGGCUUGGAGACCACACUAAGAACCUGUUGCUGACCGAGGUCAUAAAGGUCAUCAAGACAGAGAACCUGCUGGACCAGGCCAAGAGGUCAGGCAAGGUCAUGCUGGAGGGACUCUACGACCUACAGGAUAAGUACCCCCACUUGCUCAGUAAAGCGAGGGGCAUCGGGACGUUCUGUGCCAUCGAUGUUAAGGAUGAAGACACACGCAACCUCCUCCUCCUCAAGGCCAGGAAUAAGGGUGUGGUUCUAGGGGGCUGUGGAACCCAGUCUAUCCGGUUCCGACCAGCUCUGGUGUUCAAGGAACACCAUGCUCAUCUCUUCCUGGAUAUCUUUAAUGACGCAAUCGCUGAGCUCAAGUAGAGUCUACACAGGAAUCCAAUGUGGCCCUGCUCAAACAGACCCAUACUGUCAAUCUGCAGUGAAGAGGUUGACACUCCUCCAAUCAAUCAAAUGUAUUUACAAAGCCCUUUUUACAUCAGCUGAUAUCUCAAAGUGCUUUUACAGAAACCCAGCCUAAAACCCCAAACGGCAAGCAAUGCAGAUGUAGAAGCACGGUGUGUCG